UGUAUGUAACCAGUCCUGAACGAACGGUCAAUCCGGUGUCUCGCAAACCGCUCGCUCGAUCUGGAUUGAUCGGUUGGACGUACUCGUAAGCACUCAGUCGUCGGGAAGAGACCAAGUUGAUUAAAAAAAAAAAAGUGAUUUAACCGGUGUGCAAAUUUUGGAUUACCCUUUCUCGCGAGAUAUCGUGAGGGCAGGGCUCUAAGAGGAACAACACAAUGUCAGCAGCUGUGAGGGAGAGAACGACGACUCACACCAGCAGGAAGAUCGUGAGUCAUGGCGGUCCUAUAUCUGGCCAGAGAGACGGAGCAGCCACGGCCAGCAGCCUCGAAAACAACUUGGACGCACUUCUCGAGGACUUGCAGACGAGUGUCUCGAGAAGUGCCACUCCUAGCCGAGAAAAAGCACUCUUGCCCCAAGUUGAAUAUCGAAUGGCUGCCAACCCCACCAGAGUGAUUUCCGAAGGAAGACCCAUGUCUCCGACUCGUACGAAAGUGACCACCACUGAAAAAUUCGUCAGCAGCGGUCCAACUGGAGCAUCAAGCGGUAUUCCGGGACUAGAAUUUCUCGAUGCAGAGCUUCAAAAUGUCCAACCCGGUCAGAGUAAAACGAUAGCGUACAAGCAAGUGUCGUAUCAAUAUAACAAAGAUCUCGACGGGAAAUCAGACUCGUGGACUGUAUCAGAUAACAAACAGCUUGGCGCGCCCUUGGUCGACGACAUUCAUGAAACCGCUUACGAAGAGACUAAAACCCCAGCGCCGUACUCGUACCAGAGCGCAGAACCGGUCAUCAAAAAGACAGUAGUUAACAGAGAACUGGUUUAUGGCGACAGCUCAACGUCUCGCUCGAAGCAAACCUCGCCUUUGCCAGGAACUCAAAGAGACGUCAAAUAUGUUCAUGAAUCUAGUUAUCAAACCGAACCACGAUCGAGCACGGUGACUACAGUGCGCACGAAUGUUCCGCAAGAAUAUAAAAGCGUCGAGUACGUGCCAGUUCCGUCGCCAACGCCAGCGAUACCGGUCAAUCUGGCACCCGGUCCAAAUACAAAAGUAACAACAACGAUCAAGACGUAUACCUACGAACUGCCGGGAGCUCCGGAGACGUAUCUGCCAGGUAGCAGUGCGCCAGGAACCGUCGUGUUGCCCGGCGAUCAAAGGAUCACGUACACCUUACCGAGAACCAGCGGCACUACCACCACAGACAGGACAAUCACGUAUCAGACUCUGGCAGAAAAUACACCGGGACAUCCACCAAGUCCACCAGUCAGAUACAGUAGCUCGCCGACCGAUGUCACCGAAAAGUCCACGACUUAUCAUAAAGAGUCGAAGUUCUACCGCGAGGAACAUCUUGGUGGCCAACCGACACAACCUUCUUAUGUCUAUCGCAAUGGUCCACCGCCGACAAAUCUGGAAACCAAAACCACCGUGACCGAGAAGUAUUAUCAAAUGGACGGUAAUUAUCCUGGUGGACCAGGCGAUCGUCCGGACUAUCCUGGAAGCACAAUCAUAUAUCAAAAUCAACCGCCUACCAUCGAGCACACUAGAACCAUUAAUCGAAUCGAGGAAUACAAACCUGGCAGACCGCCAUCCAGCGGACGUCAUUCAACGCCUGAUAAACCGGACACAAGAACGACUUAUUAUCCGCAACAGAGCACACCACCGCAGUCCAGCACGACAAUCUACAAAUUUUCGAACACUACGACAACCGUACCGCCGAACAAAAAUGCGGACGAUCACGAAGUCCUCUUGCCAAGACCAUUCCCGACUGGUGUUCAAGUGAGUCCUGCCAAACCAAUUAGUAAUGGCGAAGGUCCACCGGCAAAACUCGAGGAUCUUAUGGCUUCGUUUUCCGACUCCGAGCGAGAAGUAUUGGAGGAUAUAGAGAGACAAGAACGUCGAAGUAAAAAAGAAUCGGCAGCUACGAAAAAAGAAGUUGAUUUUGUCCCGCAUACACCACCGAAAGUUAAAAGCACGAAUAUUGCUGGCCCACCGGUCUAUUAUCCACCUGGUUCAGCAGAAUUUACUAAGAAAGAAGAAUCCAGUGCAGCUAUGUCUCAAUCUAGCGGAGGAUGGCAAAAGGCUAGCGGAAAGUACGAAUAUGAAGCUUCUAGCAAAAGCAAGACUAAAUCCAGCAAAGGAGGAGCUGUUGUUCCAGUUUGCCUGCCUUUGUGCUGCGCGUUGCCAUGUGUUAUUAUGUAAUUUAUUUUUAUUACACCUGUAAGAUAUUAAUCGAAUACGUGGAGCCACAUACUGACAUUAUAUAAUUUAAUCAAACAAGCCACAGCAUGCGAAAGGUUACGAGAUUAGAACAUUUAACGCAAAAAUAUAUAGUUUAUGUUAGAACACAA